AACCGAUAGCAGUGACGGCAUUGUUUCCGCUUGAACCUAUGAACCAGACCACCGUCUUGGUGCCCAGGCCUCUUUGCACUAUUUCGCAACGCAUUUACGGCAUUUACGGCGCCUUCCCUGCUACAGAUUGAUUAGCUGCUUGCAAUACACCAGUCGCGAAUUGCUUUAGCGGAUUCAACGUCCGCGCGAAAGGAAGCGAUAUGGGCAACCGUCUGUCCCUGUCGUCGGUGGACAUCCGCGGCGGCGCGCGCGGCGUUCAAGGCGGCGUACGGGCGGGCGCCAGUCCCAACAAACGCCUGCUUUUCAACGAAGAUGUGGGGCCGUUGCCUCACGGCUGCAAAUGCACGCCGCUGGGCUUCGCGCUGCUGUCAGACGAUGCGGACAUGCUGCAGGCGCUGCUCGCUGCUAAGGCAGAUCCAAACAAACCUGUUGGGCUGCCGCACAAGUACGACAUGACACCGUUACACCUGGCAGCGGCGCUGUGUCGGCCCGGCGCCGUCAGCCAACUCCUGGCGGCGGGCGCGGACCCGGCGGCGGCGCUGGUGCGGCGGAGCUCCUCCAAACCCACACGGCCGCCGGACGGUCGCCCCUCCGACUACGGGGACCAGGAGGCCGCCGCCGCUGCUGCAGCCGCAGUCGCCGCCGCUGCUGCCGCGGCUGCUGGUUCCGCUACACACGCCAACAGCCGCCACGCCCAAACCACCCCCACCCUCGCCCCCGUCAACCCCCCAUACCCCAACCAAAACCCGCACCAGCAUCCCAACCACCACCAGCCCGACCCGCACCCGCUGGCGCCCCUGAUCGCCGCCAACCUGCAGUCCUCCGCCGAGGGCGACACGCCGCUGCACACCGCGGUCCGCCAGGCGCUGCAGCCCGACCUGGUGCCGCUGGUGCUGCGCAUGCUGCGCGACCGCGGCCUGGUGUCCGGCGCCGACCUGCAGGCCACGCUGGGCGAGCAGGCGGCGCAGCGGCUGAGCUGCGCCUUCGCGGUGAUGGAGGCGCUGCUGGACGCCUCCGCAACCCCCGGCAGUAGCAGCAGCAGUGGCGGCAGUGGCGGCAGUAGCAGCAGUAGCGGUGGGAACAGCAGCAGUAGCAGCCAUGGUGGCGGCGGCCGCCGGGGCAACCCGCCGGCGGUGCACGUGAGCAAUGCGGCCGGCGCCACGCCGCUGGGCCUGGCGCUGGCGGAGCCGCAGGACUCGGGCCUGCACUGCGUGGCGCUGAUGGCCUCGCACCCCUCCCUGGACCUCAUAGGCAGCGACGUGGUCAUGCGGGCCGUGGGCCAGCGCGCGCGCCUGCCCCACGCCGGGCUGCUGCUGGCGGCGGUGGAGGAGCGCGCCGCGGCGGCGGGCGCGGUGGGCAGCGCGGCCGUGCGGGCGGCGGCGCAGCGGCUGCUCAACCUGGCCCUGAGCCUGUACUGUGGCGACAAUGAACGGGUGCGGGCGCAGACGCUGGCGGAGGCGCGCACGCGGCUGGCGGUAGCGCGGUCGUCGGCGCGCGUGGCGGCGGACCGGGGCUGGUCCGGCGGGCGGCAGCCGCGGCUGCAGCAACCGCUGCAAUUCCGGCUGGUGGCGGAGAGCGCUGCGUCGGCGUCGGCGUCGGCGUCGGCGUCGGCGUCGGCGUCGGCGUCGGCGUCGGCGUCGGCGUCGGCGUCGGCGUCGGCGUCGGCGUCGGCGUCGGCGUCGGCGCCAGAAGCCACGCCGAUGGAGGUGGAGGGGGUGGGCGCGGCUGCGCCGUCGCCGCCGACGCCCCGGCGGGAGCAGCAGGGUGCACAGCAGGCGCCACAGCAGCGUGCGCAGGCAGGGGCGGUGGCGGCGGCGGCGGCGGCGGCGGCAGGCCAGGCAUCACAGCGCGGCAGCGCGGGUAGCAACGGCGGCGAUGUUGGCACUGCGCCGCCUCGCCCAACGGCGACAGCGCCGCCGCAACCCAGGCUGGAGCUGCCGGCGGCGGGGCCGCUGGUAGCUCGCAUCUUGCGGAAGACGCUGUUGAUCGCGGCUGUGGGGCUGUUGGCGCGGGGGCUGCUGGGCCCGCAAUCUACAGUGAGGGUCGCCGUAGUGAUGGCGGUGGCGGGCGUCUGCACCGACAGCCGGACGACGGAGGGCGCAGGGGCGGAGGAGGAGCAGCGGCAGUGGCAGCGGCAGCGUCAGGCGCAGCAGCAAGCGCGUGCGGGUCGGCAGGGCGCAGUUGCAGCGGCAGUGGCAGUGGCAGCGGCAGCGGCAGCGGCGGCUCCGGCGGGUGGAGGCGGCACGGAUGGCCUGGGCGGGGAGUGCUGUGUGUGCAUGAGCGCCAGGGCGGUGGUGGGGUUCGUGCAUGGGGACGUGGUGCACAACUGCGUGUGCGACGCCUGCAUGCAGGUGCUGCAGCAGCAGCAUGGGGGAGGAGGAGGAAGCGGCAGCCGGCAGUGCCCCAUCUGCAAGCGGCAGGCGCAGGCGGUGGUGCGCGUGGUGAGCACGUGACGGGUUGUUGUUGAAGCGGCGUUCAAAUGACGGGUGAUGGUGCGGGGUGCGGGGUGCAGAAUGCACUCUGAUUGUUGCCUGGGAACAUUGAGCGGGGAGGUGGCGUGGGCAGGCUGGGGUAUGGGUUUAUAUGGGCGUUAGAGCGAUCUACGUGGUGGGUGAAUUGCUGGCAUAAUGUGAAGGAGAGCAGGCUGCGAGGUCUGGCCGUGGGAGUGAGUGAGAUGUGGAGUGGGUGCAUGUGCAGAUACGGUAUGGGGUCAUGUGGCGUAGAGCACUGUGGGUGCGGUGGGGCAUAAUGUUGUUAUACUGCUUAGCUUAUGUUGGCGAUGUGUUGUGGCCAAACGGUGAGACUGUUGCAUGCGUGAUACGGUGCCUCGGUUGGCUGCAUGUCCCGGUGCAUACGGCAGUCAUGAGAGGCGUGAGAGGAUUGAGGGCAGUGACAAGAAAGGUGGCUCUCAAUCUCGAGGGAAACAUGGGCUGCGCCCACGCCCCGUUGGUGCAUGUCUGUGGGCGCAGGUUUCAAAACUGCCUCAACUCCCGGACAUAGCCGGGUUCGGUUUAUACAGCCAUCGGAAGGGGUGGGCGGGCGGGCAAUGGAAGCCUCAAACUUCCUGCUGUUGAUGUAACAAACAAGCGUUGUAAGUACCGGUAAUCACAAUAAAGUGCACAGAUAGAAUGCCGGUGAACCCCACUUC